ACAAGCUGCGAUGCACUUCAAAGAGACAAGUCCUGCGGGCGACAACCGACUAAAGGCUUGAGCUUACACUGCAUUUUUAGCGCUUGAAAAGAAGUUCUAACUUCGAUAAUUUUACGACCGGAUCUUAUUUUUUAUUGCAAAAAGAAAGAAGCCGAACUUUUCACCUGACCUCUGAGUGAUAACUGCAUGUAAAUUUAGGCUACCACCAGCGACUUCAGGUGUGUUUUGGAGUUAAAGGUAUGGACACACAUGCAGUACAGCUGAGAGAGCUCUUGUCUGCAGUGGGUGGCUAGCUAUGCCUAGCUAGGAUCAUAUCCUGCUGGACUCUUCCCUUCUUCCUGAAGCUUGGUGGUAACUUCCAGGACUAUCCCGGAUUUUUAAAUCCUCCUGGGCCCUUUCCGAACUGGACCAUCCUGCGGGGCAACAUGGGGGAAAGACGGGCGCACUCCUUUCACAUGACGUGCCACGUCCAGCGUGACUAUGGCAGCAGGAUGGCGAGCUCCUUCAUAAGUUACAGGCCCAAUGGAUACGCCCGAACAAGCCUCAGCCUGGAGCAUAUCGAUGCUGACCCUGCAGCAUCUAUCGGCACUACAACUACUUGCUCUCCCCUACUGGCUCCCGCGCCUGACAGAAGCCAGUACUCUCCUGUUUCAAUGGAACUGGACCCCACGGCUGUGAAUUAUGAAUCAGGCAUUCCCUGCUGUCCACCAGCAGAAACAAAAGACCCAAGGCUGACGACCAUACAGAGCCAGCCCUCGAUCACCUCCGUCCCUCCACCUCUCCCUCGUUCGAGCUGGCUGCAUCAUCAAAAGGAUUUCCAGAGCCCUUACAUCAAGACUAGCAUGCAGGGUGAUGUUUACAACUUCCUUGAGAGACCUGCCGGACUGAAAUGCUUCCUCUACCACUUCCUUGUAUUCAUUAUGGUCCUGGUGUGUCUAAUCUUCAGUGUCCUGUCCACCAUAGAGCAAUAUGCAGACUUCGCCACAGGAACCCUCUUCUGGAUGGAGAUUGUGCUGGUGCUGUUCUUUGGCACAGAGUAUGUGGUACGGCUGUGGUCGGCAGGCUGUCGCAGCAAAUAUGCAGGCAUCAAAGGGCGCCUCCGCUUUAUCAGGAAGCCCAUAUCAAUCAUAGAUUUGAUUGUGGUCAUCGCCUCAAUCAUUGUGCUCGGCGUGGGGUCCAAUGGCCAAGUGUUUGCCACGUCUGCUAUCAGGGGCAUCCGUUUCCUCCAAAUCCUGCGCAUGCUCCAUGUGGAUCGACAGGGAGGAACGUGGAGGCUCCUGGGAUCUGUAGUCUUUAUUCAUCGACAGGAACUGAUCACCACCCUGUACAUCGGCUUCCUUGGCCUGAUCUUUUCCUCCUACUUUGUCUACUUGGCUGAGAAAGAUGCUGUGGAUGAGGAGGGCAAGACAGGAUUCUCCAGCUACGCAGAUGCCCUGUGGUGGGGAGUGGUGACUGUCACCACAAUCGGCUAUGGAGACAAAAUUCCUCAAACGUGGAUAGGCAAGGCCAUCGCGUCCUGCUUCAGUGUUUUUGCCAUCUCCUUCUUCGCUCUACCUGCUGGUAUCCUGGGCUCAGGUUUUGCCCUCAAAGUGCAGCAGAAGCAGAGACAGAAGCACUUCAACAGGCAGAUCCCUGCUGCAGCCUGUCUCAUCCAGACACUUUGGAGGUGCUAUGCAGCAGAGAAACCAGGCGGCUGUGCUGCUACGUGGAAAAUGUAUGUUCUAACUCCAGAGGCUGUCGCCAUGGCGGAAUCUGAAAACUCCAGCCCUAACGUCAGGAAACUGCAUUUAUCGAGAAGGGGGAACAAAAGGAGAGUGAAGUCCAGAGGUAAUGGCUCUAUGGGCGGGGCCUCAGAGAGGGCUGUAUCGAUCCCCCAGAUCACCUACGAUCACAUUGAUGACUCUGAGGAGAAGAAAGAUGUCUCAUUUUUCCAGGAUGAGCCAAGGGGCGCUGUUGAAGGGCUUAUCAGAAUGUUCAAACAACCAGGCCCUCCUCAUCAUUCUUGGUCGUCUUUCACUCUGAGCUGCCCUGGCUCUCCAGUAAAGAAGAAUCAUGAUAACAGCACCUCCAUCGACAUCUCCCGCGCCAACAGCUUAACCGAUGAGCUGGACUACAUGAGUGAGGAUAUCCCAUUGCCUGUGGUGACUGACAAAGCUCAGUUGUCCCAUGCCCAGAGAUCAGCCGUAAAAGUCCUGCGCAGAAUGCAGUAUUUUGUAGCCAGGAGGAAAUUUCAGCAAGCGCGGAAGCCCUAUGACGUGCGAGACGUGAUCGAGCAGUAUUCCCAGGGUCACCUCAACAUGAUGGUCCGCAUCAAGGAGCUGCAGAGAAGGCUGGACGGCACACUGGGGAAGCCGGGAAUGUUUCUUCCAGGAAAAGGAGAAGAUAAAGAAUACCCAACGAUUGGGGCACGACUGAUCAGGCUAGAGGAUAAGGUCCAUCAGAUGGACCAGAAAAUGGACUCAGUCCUGCGGAUCCUGAUGGAGCAGUUUCCACCCCAGCCAGAGCUGACGUCCAAGCCCUCCAUCCGCAGGGUGACCAUUCAGAAGCGUAUGGGUGCCAGCAUCGACGAGGGCCCCUGAUGUCACAGCGACAGGUCGCACUCUGUAUGAUGACAUCAUCACCAAAGGAGAAUUAAAAGACCAGGACUUCACAUAAAUAGCCUACCCCACCCCACAGAGGGGGGGAUAGCCUGCAAAUAAUAAGGGGAUCCAGUCUUCCAGAACCCCCUCCCUCUCUUACGUUUGAAAUUCUUUUUUUUUUUUCAAAAUUUCAUUUUUUCAAUGACUUUUGACCACCGAGAAGAGAACAACUUUUUUUUUUUUUUAAUAUUUUUUUAUUUAUGUUUUAAACAGUAUAAGACAGACAAACAAACAGGUGAACAAGUAAACAAACAAAGAAACAGUGGCUCAGACAUAUACAAAGUACAUUGAUAUAAUAAAAGUAGAUACACAAAGCAGGCAGAAGGGAACACUUGGUGGGGCCACAAAGAAGAGAACAACUUUUAACUGUCCACUUUCGACGGUGCUCUGGGACAUGCGGGCAGGAGUACCACUGAGAGUGAGAUUGAUGUUGUGGAAAGAAGGCUGACCGAAGUCUUUGCUUCUGAUGGUUGUUGGCCUUGUUUGGGUCUUCUUUGCUUGUCUAAAUGUGGCUUUCCCUCCUACACUAGCAUUGUGAGCCCCCAGUGUUUCCCUGAAACCCGCAGUCAUUGAAGCAGCAACACACUCCAUGAAUUUAUUUCACUACAUUAGCCUCAUAAUCACACAUCUCAGAUAAUGUUAAUUUAUGUGUGGCCUGUCACUCAGCUGCAUUCCUCCACUCUAAAUAUUAUUCCAAAGCUAACUAAUCCAGUAAUGAAGUCAUAAUGCAAUCAAAGCACUCAAGUUCCCCAAAGACACGGAGAAAAACUGAGAGUCCAGCCGUGGCAGAGGCAUUCCUCAAAUCCUUCUGAUUAUCUUGGCACCGUCCACACCCAGUACACAACAGGGUUAUUUCCAUAGCCACAUAUCCAUCUAGCCUAACUGUACUUUGGCUGUGGUGGGUGUUUGUUAGUAGUGAUCAAAUAACAUGAGGAGGGAAGGGCAGAUUAUCUGUUGAUGUUGACCCGCAUUAGGGACCAGAAGAAGCGGAGUGAAAUAGAUGUGUCUGGGGCAGCUGGCUAACAUGGCGCUGAUUUACAGCAAUGCUGAAGCUAAUAAAAAUAGCCAAACUGCCAUGACAGGGCCCAGUGCUGUGUUACAGGAAUACAGACCAAAGUUAUGCUGUGGACUUUCAGUUUGCUCUAAGAUUCCCGUUGAGAGAUUUCAUAUGCAUAUCAAUCUAAACACUUUUAGCAGCACCACUGCUUGCAGCACCACUGGGGCCCUGCUUAAUAUCCUCUAUUACCCUUUUCAGGGGGCUCGCACUGCUGUGUGCAAUUUGAAAUAAAUUUGCCCCAUUAAAGCUCUGAUUAUUUUUUCUCUCCAGAGCUAAUUAAGUGCUGAAUUCCUGGUAAGGGGAGAUUACUCACUGUGAGCGACUAAUGAAAAGAAACACUGGAAAAUGUGCAGAAUUUAAACAGUAAGCUUUGAAGAGCAGGCGCACUAAUUCUGUGUGAAAGGUUUGGAAAUAUCGGCCUGCCACCGAGAGCACACGUUUGAAACAAUAAGACAAUGCUCUCACUUUGUUCCCGGGUUCAUAGUAUUUAUCUGACAGAAUGCUGAGGCAUGUAGGAAGUAGAAAAUAGAGAAUAACUCAAAUAUGUAGCUACCGUAUGAAAGGCUUCCCAUAAUUAUACCAUCCACAUUCCUAAAAAGACGGAUGCACAUAUGAAGGAGGGGUGAAAAAAGGAAGGGGAAAGAGGAGAGGCUUUCUCUCUGCACUGAUUUAUAUUUUCAUAUUUUUUGCAGUGGUUAAAAAUAGCUAUUAUUUAUCUCACAUUAAAUAAAGUGGUUGUAUUUUAAAGGGAAUCUAACUUUGUGACAGACCUUGAUACAUGUGUCUGUCUGUCCUCCUGUACAGUUUUAUAAGAGUUGUAAAUAGAAACAUUGCCUUACUGUAUUUAUUGUCAUGUGGAAGGAUCAACCUGGAACAUCUCUGCUUGUUGGAGUGAUGAGAAACACAGAGAGUGAGGCUGCUGUUGUACAGAUGGAUGGAAAUGGUUGUAAAUGAUAUUCAUGCACACCCUCUGCACUGUAGCUCUGCUGUAAAUAAUAAAA